CAAAUUCAUUCUCCGACCCUUCCAGGGUCAACCCAGAAGACGCAAUGCGCUGAUCAUCUGGACUAGACUGUGAGGCUCGCAGUGUCGUACCCGGAAACCCUGCUCCUACUCCGCUUUGCACAACUUGUUCUUCGGCCGAGUUUGUUUCCGAAAGCAACUUGUGCAAAACGUGCAUUGAAACAAUUCAGUGAGGGGAUCCCUGGCCAUCUGCAACAUGCCCGUGAAGAUCACUCGACCGGCAUCACCCUGCCAGAUUUGCGAGGCAUGACCCGGAAUGGCAAACCUCACGAUGUAACGGUAGCGAUGCCUUCGACUCUCGAUAGCUGCAGUUGCUUACGGGUACUCCAUCUCACCGCUUCCCACAGCCACCUACACCUGUGCUCUCGAUCCUGCAGCACCAGAAAGGCGCUCGUGAUGUGAUGUCCCGAGCUUUGGGAAGAUUGGUGCAGACACUCUGCGGGAAUUAUCAAUGCAUAUGCGCCACGCUAGUUUCGAUGAUUGAAUAUGACAUUCGCCAAGGAUCCCACAGGCUGGAGAUUGUUAGUUCACAACAACACAUUUUCAGUUGUGCCGAAUUGAGAACAUGCUCUUAGUUCGAGUAUUCAGUGGCGCAAUCCAUCUUCAGUUGUGUCCGCUGUCAUUCCCUCCUGCGGGCUGCGGCUCAGCUAUAAUGCGGAUGUGUUAUUAUCGUGAGCUAACGGAGGGCGGCCUAUUGUGGGCGUUCCGGUACGGCUGGUUUGAGAAAUGAGCAUAUGUCUUUGUUUUAGCCGUUGCAUGUCGUUAGGAAUUUCUGAUAGGUCUGUUCGCUUACGGGUUUAUCCUGCUCUGGGUACUGUUCUGGCCAGAUCGUUCUGUGGCUUGUUGAUAUUGGAUCACUUUCAUCAUCAUUAGCAUACGAAACACUCAACUUCGUAACUAAGCUAACGCAAAGCACUCAGACAUGUCUGUGAUGACCUCCAUUAUGCCGAUAAGCGCGAGAUCCUCGAUGCGCUUUGACAGAUGUUGAAUAUAUCUACAGUGCAUGACGUUUUGAAUGUAGUCUGUGAGUUGCUGACACUAGUGCAGGAAGCAUGAUGCCAACGAUGCCAUCUGAAUAAGCCUCAACUCCAGAAGAAAUGAAGCACCUCUCCGGAGACAUUUCUUCCGGAGUUUGAGUACAUACCUUACUCAACUGUGCCUGUGGCUGCGGCGUAUUCAAGGCUGAAUGAUCUGUGCCAAUAUAAUGACAUUCGGGCCAGGUGCGAUCGAAUGAAGCAUGAACGUCCAUUGGCAGGAGCUAUCGAUCCGGUCUAUUACCAGAAAGUGACGUUUGAGGCGGCCACAUCACGGGUCAGCAGGUGCUCGUUCAAGUUUCAUUACAGACGAGGCAAGCAGAUUGAUCCUCAUACAAGUCAUCACCAGAAGCAAAUGAUACCGUCAUCACUUUCUGGGCCUCUCUUGGCUCUGAGAGGGCCGCAAAGGCAUUGAUCUGAUAGCCGUACAGCCAGAUUCCGUGCGACCGGCAUGCACAGACUUAAAGUGCAGUGUUUGUUUUACGUUGAUCUUUUUUUAACCACAACUACCGUGCGUUAUCGUUACAUGUCACCAAGCCCACAGAAAUCACAUGCAGGGUCAGAUCUGAAGCGCUUUUCUGGCUGAGAAGAGCGUUGAGCUCGAAACAACGGUGGAUUUAGCAUUGGCUGGCUGCCACGUGCCACAUGCCUGUCCACGCCAAUCGGAAGGAACCGUCCAGAGGAGCCGGUCAGAUCGUCAAUGAGCCUGAGCUCUCUUUGCAUUGACCUGGAUAUUUCUAUUUCCAAGUGAGUGUUGGAAAGGGACAAGAGGACAACGUACAGCAAACCGCUGGUCUGCCAUUGUCCAAGGCCAGGGGCACUGGAAUUAUCAUGAACUCGCAUGGCUUGGUAAUUUGGCUGCCUAAGCGGCUCGCUCUCCUUGGCGGCCCAUUAGGUGAAAUUGGCUACUCGAAACUACUCGUAUUGGAUCUUCAUUGUUUGUUUCCCUUUCUUUCUUUUUUUCGCACCCAUUCUCAAACUGUCUUGGCGGCCACUCACUGGUUCACCGGUCGAGACGGCAAGAAACAAACACGGCCAAUGAGGCACGGGCCAAUAGUUCCAAGAUUGUCUCUCAUCUCCGAGACCAAAACGAUGGUAUUGUGCACUACCUGCUGGUUCCGGGAACCGCACCUUUAAGCUGUCAGCUGGGGCCAACUGUCCCUGGGCCCUGACCGACACUAAUCAGGCACCGUCAAAGAUGUUUCAGCAACGAUCUCGAUCUUGAUGUUUAUCCGUUACUUGGGCGCGGAACGACCAUGGAAUUGGUACCGACAUGACUCGGGUGCCCCAAGCUAUGAAGUUGGUUAGUGGAUCAGGAUCACAACAUUUGGCCCCUUGAGACUGAAGACUUGAAUUCCCGAGAACUCAUGUCUUCGUUUCACCAAAACAGAAAGCAUUUUGCUAGCCUGGUCUCAGCUAAUUCAUCUCUACGAGCUAUGGCAGAUUGAUCAACAUGACCAGGGGGCAUAGUGGCUAGAUAAUGCCUUCAAACGAGUCUUGGAUAUUGGAAAUGAGUUUAGACACGGAACUUCUGCUGCACUCAAUUUCUCAACCCAAGUUACAAUACUGCACUUUGAUUGGCGCCUUUUUACGACUCGUGGAGUCAUUCUUGGUUCUCUGAACGUCGAGAGCCAGCCACUCAUUCAGUCCUGUGCCUGGAAACCCCACGAAAGGUUAUAUACAGGGAUGCUACACGCUGGAGUGCAAUCUCGCUGCUAUUUACUUCCAACAUGCCCGGCUAACGAAGUAAUCCUGGCUAUUUUAUAGAGUCGCAUUGCAGAACAAGAAUAUUAGCAAUGGACAGGCUUAUCUAAAGUCUGAAUCGUGUCCAGCUUGGCGGGAUUUCGAGUGCAAUGGCAGGGAUUCAGCUGAACCACUAGCAAUCCUAGCCGAACUGACAGGUGGGGGCUUACUCUGCGUUUCGGCUCUUAGAACAGGGUCCUGGUUCAGGUGAUCUCCAACUUGAAGAUCAUAUCCCCAACUCGAAUCAAGUCACGAGUGUAACUUCAGCUCGCAAACUAGGUCCUUUUUAGGCGCUGCCCAACAAGGUUGGGACCCGGUUUUGCACCAGGGGCACAAAACUCUCAAGACUGACAAGGGUGUCAACUUCAACCAUGUCGGAAAUCUUAUGUUUGACUGCCGGUUUGUAACCGUUGUGUGACGAUGCGACGUUACAGCCUCAUGACUGAAUGAAUAACAGCAAGGAAUUAAGGUCGUAUCAAUCGUAAAGUUUUCGACAAGCACCCCGGACUAUUGUUGAUCAUGCAAAUCUUCGCCACCACGCUCCACUAGCCUCGGAUACUGUGUGCGAAAUGACGGGACAAAUUUCGUCAGAUGUAAAUUGAUCAUUGAUGAAAUACAGUAGCGCGAUAGUCGUGCGUAACCGGAGCAAAUACUACGCAACAACUGCCUACAACUGCCGUUCUACGAUUGACGCGAGUGUACUAAAGGCAGUCUCGGCAGUGCAUUACACGAUGAUCUCUUUUAAGCCCUACCGUUGAAACACCACACGUGGCUCUCAGGACCGGGAAUUGAAGGGUCCAAUCGGCAACAUCGGGACACGGUAUCCAUAUCGUUUCAUUUCAUGCAGGACCGGACUGACCUUAUCGUGGAUCUAUCAGUACGCUGGUCCAUCACAACAGACAGCCCGAGUCAUUCAAGCGUUUGAUAUUACGCUAAGCCGCGGACUUUGGAGCAUAUUUACACCAUUUUGGGUCUGGAAUAACGCACGAACAUGUCCCUUGAGGUGAACGGCACCAGGAUUGCAGCGUGUUUGACACUGGAACAAACCGAGGCACGGAGCGGACCGCAGGAUAACUGUCACCACCCGACUCGCUGCCGAUGGAGCGACCCUCUUUAGGAUAUGACAAUGAAAAAAGAGGAGCGACGGAUGUAUCAAGACCCUUGGAUGAAAUUUAUGUGAUGCCGCCGGCAUCUGCAUGGCGCAGGCGUGGGACCAGUUUAAAUACCACGGCGACGGCGGUAAAUCAUCAACCUGCUGGUGCUGAUCAACUUCCAAGCAAGCGAAUGGGUGCUUGUCAACACUUGUAUCGACAUUAUAUCCAUAUAAUGCUUGCAAAUAGAGUGUACUUGCCCUGCAGUGGCAUGGUAUCACAUUGAAGGGGAAAGGAAACAGGGGUUGCGUUAAUAUCCAUCAUAUGCCUCAAACAAUACGAAGAGGAGUGAAGGCUUACAAAAUUUCCAACCUGCGGCGACCUCGCUCUUAGCGCGGCAACGCACUGUCUGUUCGCUGUCGCCCUAAAUGGAUCUCUGUUUUGGCGUGACAUGGCAGCUGGGUUGCUGCUGAUCGUUUGAUCCCGAUGAGAUGAGCAAUCGGCCGAGUCGAGCUCACAGACAUUUGCCCCUGACACUUGUGGGGAGCGGAAAACAUCAAGCAGAGCAGAACCUGAGAACAUCCAAGUAGAGCUCACGCCCUCUACCCUUGCAAGCGAAACUUGUGCUAGGUGUGGCGAGUCAUGAACUCACACCAUUUCUUCAAGUUCAUAGUGUUGAUAUCCCCACUAAAGCUUCGUUUCUUCGACGAUGUGUAUACUUGUUCGAGAUCUAGGGUGGUUUCAGUGGUUCGCAGCUCCUCAGACCGGAACGUCCAGUGUUCCGUUGUCGAUCUGCCAAGUGCCUCGAGGUCUUCGACUUCAGAAUCGCAUGUUUGAAACAAGGACGAACGGAAACAAUUGAGUUUGCCAACCGCAUCACAGUAGUGUGAACGGUAAACUCAGUUGACGAUUGCUUCUGCCGUUCGCUACUGUAGUUGGGUCAAGGCUGACAGAUAUCCUGCAGGGGACUCAAACAUGUACAGAUACAGAGAAUGAUUCAGGUUCAGGAUGUCUUUUCCCUGGCACGUUGGCGGGUACUGUACCAGGGAAUAUUCAGUCACGUCAUUAAAUUCCUUGUCGAACUACCCUAAAGAACAAUUUAAUAUCAUGCCGUGAGUCAAUACGCAGCAAGACCCUCAUGACCAACCGGCACGGAUGAGUUGGCACAGAUGUGGACCAUAACGGAAAGAAACAGACGCUGUUGCUACAAGGAAGCAAUACAGCGGCACAAGGAAAGCAAGUUUUCAACAAGUUCCUCCAGCAUAGUCGUCGAGUCCCUUGCAGUGAGGCAUCAAAUGAGGGGCCUUGGACGGCACAACUCUCAUCAGAAAUGGGGUAUUCAUUCAACUACCAAUUUGCACGAUGAUCAAUUGAUCGAGAAUCUUGCGCCAAGGCUCGCCCGACCUGCAUUGCUUUUUGCACAUUGUUGCCUGAACAGGCCUUGUUACCAAGUGUCAUUUCGAAUCCCCACACGAUAUUGAUAUAAGCAGGGUUGCAGAUUUGCAGCCCCAGCCCCAACCCAGCCUCACUCAGUUCAACUUGGUCUGUCGCUUGACUCUUGAUAAUUGACUGGGCUUCGAACCUGGCAGAACGGAGUAUGCCCACAGUCUUUCAACGACAUGACUCGAUAAAAACAAUUGCGUGCCGUUCCACGAGUCCACAGUUACUGCACCUGACCAUUCACUAUUGUUCUUCUGACGGGCUCACUCCUUGUUCCCGCCGAAAUGUGACAUAUGACAGAAAGCUAGCUGUCUAGGGACCCCCGGAUCUCAGCAACAUAUCACAAAACGUCACCCCGACAUGGGUGGCUUAAUACGAGAAUCUCAGAACCUACAGUACGUGAACAGAAACAAUGGCGACAGGGGAAAAGGCAACGUCUAUCUUGUCUGGUUCAAUGGAUUAACACUUAUUGGGGGUUUAGGCGCCUUUUCCCGCCCUUUACCACACGCCCGCCAUACUCUCGAGGUUGCAGCAAUCCCCCCUCAACGUGCAUAAAAUCCUGGACGCGGAUCUUCUCAGUUGGAGAAGUCCAUACUCUGCGUUACAUCGAAGAGGGGACUAAGCGGCUCGGGGUCAGCCCUUGCCAUGGUAGCUAUACCGGUGCCUACAAUGAUGCCCUGUUCUAUCUGCUCUACGACGUCGCCUUCGCCUCGCCAUCUUUCCAUCCCCUGAAUAAUAGUCGGUAUAUGGUCAACCAUACUGGUGCCUGCAUGCCUCUAUAUUGACUAUAUUGACCGUAAUAUUAUCCUCUGCGAACUAGGGAUUUCCUUGUCUAUCAGGUCUCCUAGGUUCAUACCCAGAUUCCUAUGCGGAACCGCAAUAUAAAAUUCGCUAAAACAAAUUGCUGGAGCUGCUUUCGUCCUGACUAGGAAAUGGAAACGAAUCGGUGAGCUCUCCCUUGGUUCCUCGUGAUCCCUUAUCCUUCUUGCGCUUCCCAAGGGUGUUGAUCAGGUGUGAGGGACUUGUGUCUUCUCAACUGACCGCGUGGUUACCUGAACCAAGCAUGAGUUGUCGAUUAUGAUAUUCCACCACGAAUCCUUCUGGGUCACAUCGCGAGCUCUCUAGCUCCUAUAUUCAGCUGCCAAUUGACCAGCUAAACCCACUAAAGGACGAUCAUGCCGCAAUCUCACCGUUUGACAGCUUGACUUGUCACCAACAACGCGCAACUUUCCCGGUUUCCUGUCAACCCUGUUUUUCUUUUUCCUUGAAACUAUCGGUAGUUGAGGGGGCGGACGCAACCAAUCUAACGGGCUGUUUGAAGAUCAACGGCAUAUCCAGUUCGAACUUGUUCGCUUAAUUUGGACCAAAGCCUCCAGCUCAAGACAUCGAUCUAUCGAAUUUCGAUGUAAUAAAUCUUGGAAACGGUUCUAGUGUCGAGUAAGUCGUCAAGUCACCUUCCUUUCUACCCUUGCUGGCCCAGAACUCCAGCAGAGCCCUUGGCGUAUCUCGACGUUUAGUUGGUCCAAGUUGAAAUAACAGGCUACUACUGAUUGAGUAAGUAAGUCGAAGAUGCCUGUACUCUGUCACUCUCACCCUGUUCUGCAAUGCACCAUGAUCAGCCAUCACACGCUAUUCGGAUGAGAGCGAACCCUACAGUGUGCCAGGAUCAGGCAGAUCUCGAGACAUGUCUUCUGCGUGUCGAAUACCGCCGGCUCCGAAGCAAUACUUCACUGGAUAACGUUUGUCGUUCACGUAACGGUUACGGGCUUGAGGAAGGGCAUGAAACAAAACUAUACCAAACGAGAAUGCCGCUUCCCAUUCCGGGCACGACAUACAUAUUGCACAGGAGUCCAUCUCCUCUCUCAUGCAUGAGAAUCCAGCACGAACAGGAACAUGCGUGAAUGACUACCUAGGCCGUGGCCUAGAACAGCCGGUUGACUAUUUCCGCCUCAUCUUCGUCCUCGUUCUUCUCCCUGCCUGAGAACAAAACAUGGGCCCUGGUACAGGAACCUUGAAGAUCAGCACGGCAGCUAUGUAGAGUUUGCACCCUAACCACUGUAACCUUCUCCAAACCAUGCGGCGUGGCUGUAGAUCUGAUUUCCGCGGCGCGAGAUAGGAUGGAAUACGUGAUAGCAGCGAUAGGCAGGCUUAUGAGACAUGGCUUUAUGUCAGUAACUGCAGACUCGUACGAUUUGCAGUUUGGCUGCACCCACGAGUCCUUCUUAUCUGAAGAGAAGCGAAGUGAUGGGCUGGGGGUGUUUGAGCUGUUGUGAUCACAAUACCACCCACACUGCAUAGGCGGCAGUUACACAUUGAUUACUCUUUUACGUCAAAACUUGGUCAAUACCUGUUAACCAAACAUGCCUCUUGUUCAUGGACGAAUGGUAGGCGUCAAAUGUCAUCUCGAAAUGAUGAUAGGGGUAUUACUCGUGGCCAUAGUGUCAUAGAGAUGCCAUUUGCGAGCUCACUCCCGAAAAGGGUUGAGCGAAUCUAUCUGUCUUUCUGUGGGAGCCAACUGUUGAAGGCCGUGUUCGUCUCACUUCUUUCUAUCUAUCCAUCUAGCAGCGCUUACUCUCGGUUCUGUUGUCCUCAAGGGCCGCCACCAUUGAUCGUCAACUCGUCCAACUUCUCCUUGAGCUCGUGAUCCGGCUUGAGGGUACCAUUUGUUCCAUUCUCGCCGUUGACGGGCUCAGUGGGCGUUUCCCCGCUUGUCAACCCCUUUCUGAUGGCAAGGACACUGUCGACGAUGACUGCAUCGAUGCCUUGCUUGACUUGACGCUGCAAUGACGGUUAGCAAAAUCGACAUACAUCUUUCUGUGUGUGCUUAGACUUACCCGAACCAUCUCAGGAUCGUUAUUUAGUGUGCCGUAGCUGAAGCAGACGAUUCCGUUCUCUUUGACGAUCUUGAUGAGGCGAGGGCUGUUGACGAAAGGCUCUGCGGCAGCAACAAUACCCAACAGGUUCCAGCGUCUCGCGAAUCGAAUGGCCUCCUGUAAGGAUGAUGCGCGUAUAUCACAGACUUCACAGCAGCCUGCGUCUGUCAAGAAAAGGAUGGGGAUGGAAGGCUGCUUAUAACUUAGACAAAGGCAGAUGUCGGGGUUGAAAGAGCUGAAGAUGAUGUGACGUUCUCCAGCAAGGUCGUAGACCUUGGAGAGUACUGUGUCGCAGAAUGAGUUGAGCUCUACUGCAUAUGUGUCCAUCUCAUGCUCUUCACUCUCGUGAAGCAUAGGGUACUUCAUCUCGAUAUUGAAGCCAGUUUCUUGAGGAAGUUCUCGGAAGAGCUCCUCAAGAGUGGCGAAAGGAGCUUGAAUAAAGUUUCCUCUCGUGUUGCCCUUGAAGCCCUUAUCCUUGAAGUCCUUUGUGUGUUUCAUGCGUUCAUCCAACUCAUCAGGUCCACUACCAGCGAACCCCAUAGAUUGCGAGCGUUUUGGUGUUAGGCUGUUGCUACGAGCCCGGAAAUCACCUGGCUCGCCCGUGGGUGCAGGCUUCUUUCUUGAUUGUUGCUUGGAAUCUCGAUUCUUGUCGGGGUUGAUGUGCAAGAAUUGCUCCAGUGUCAAGGUAUGGACUGGUGCAUCAAUACCUGUCUCACUGACGAGGAAGUCGUGAUAGAUGACCGGAACAUGGUCCUUGGUCAGUUGAACAUCAAACUCGACAUAUUGAGCUCCAAGAUUAGCCGCAGCAAUGAAGGACGGCAGAGUAUUCUCUCCCAGCUGGAGAGACCUGUUACUUGUCAAGUUCUUGCCGAGUCCGCGGUGACCAAUCACCAUGGUUGACUCCAGCUUCUUCCAGUACGUCUGUCUCGAUGUGAUUUCCAUAUUGGGGUGGUGGAAAGGGGUGAUGACCAAGAAGUUGAAGUUGACGGUUCCAAUGACAUCGAAGCUGCUUGACAUGAUGGGAACACAAACAUCUCCCUGCAGGUUCAUGCGGCUAGAUCCCAGUGUUUGUCUGACAGAAGACAAGAGCGCCACGGCGCGCCCAACCUUGUGCUUGUCGUUGCCCGAGUAAGUCGGGACGAUAUCGAAAAGGAGCUUCACCUUGCCCGCAUCUGUUGUCGUGAAAACGACAGGUUCAGUGGCAAUGCUGUCAUGCACCGGGAGAUCGAUGAUGGUGGGCUCACCACUGGCACCAGUAGCAGAUACAACGAUCGAUAGAGCGGUGUCAAGUUGUGUGUUAUGAGCUUCGGCUCUCAUUGGUCAAGUAUCGAUGACCGAAGCUCUUGAUAGCAGCAUCAGGAGCACGCGAGCCAUUGUUGAUUCCGUUACCAUUCGAGCGACGUUCGCCGAUAGAUGACAUGUCCGAGGGAGUUGGCUGCAAUGUGUCGACAGGUCGGGUUGGGGGCGAUUCGAUCUCAACAUCGUUGGUCUCGAGCAGUCGCGCAAUGUCCAUAUGACCUCUCAGCGCAGCAUGCUCUCUCGCCGUCCAGCCUGAUGAAUCAAGGCGGGUGAUGUCCGCUCCAGCUUCUACCAGAAGUUCUGCAACGUUGUACUUGCCAUCCACAGCGGCAACAUGAAGAGGAGUCCAUGAGUAGGUGCUCUCUGUAGCUUCGAGAUCCGCCUUUUGAUCCGCAGUUCCUUUCAGGAUAAUCCGAGCACACUCUUCAUGCCCGAAUCUAGCUGCGACGUGAAGGGCAGUCUCGUCUGUCUUGUCCCUCCAGUUAAUAUCAACGCCGGCAUCAAUCAGAAGCUGUACGAUAACACUGUAGUUGGACUUGGUAGCGAUGGCUAGCACAGCACCCGAUUUGGAGAUAGACUUUCGAAUUUCGGCUUUGUACGGGCUGCUUCCCUCCCAAUUCUCGCCCUGCAGCAGAGCUUGAGUGGUCAAUGGAUGGCCCCCAACAACGCUGAGAUGGAGGGGUGCAUAACCAUCGUUAUCCUGCCACUCAGGUGUAUCAAUUCCAUCCUUGACGUGGAAUUGGUCCCAUUGCUGCAUCUUGGACAUAAUGAUUUGACACACGACCACAAUGCCAAACUGAGCUGCGUAAUGGAGCGGCAUGCGCCCGAAGGAGUCACGGCUCUUGAGCGCAACCCUCUGCUCUGGGCGCAGUUGCUCAAGCAAAAAGAUAAAUAGUUGGACAGCCUCGUCAUCCUUGGUCAAAAGUAGAGACUCCUUCUGGUUCAGUGACUUGGGCGCCUUAGAUGUUGCCAGACCAGGCUCGAGGUGCUUGUUACUGAAUUGUGACCCUGCAGGGACGGGUCGAGAUUUUGAGUCCUGCUCUCCUUCGGGAACAGAUUUUGUCCGGCCAAUGUGAAUCACCAGACGAUGAAUACAGUUACGAGCGUUGAUAUCAUCUGGCUCGUCCAGACUUUUGAGGUUGCUUAGCAGAAACGCCAGGCAUGUUUUCGAACGCGAGGAAAUAGAUCGCUGUAAGAGACCCAGCAUUAGCGGCUGGGCGCCUUCUUCGAUGACAUUGCUCGUUUUGAGGCCAGCCUCGAGGGCAGGAACAUCGUCGUUGCGUACAGCCUGGUCAAGAGCAUCGAGCUGAGCUUGAGGUAGGCUCAGCAUACCCUUAGCUGAAGCACGACCCAGGGAGCGAGUCGAGUGCUCAGACAUUGUAUCAUCGAAAGUCUGGGCUUCCGACAGCACAGACAUCCACUUGUUAAUCUCAUCAAGAAGUCUUGUUGUGUUUGCUUGUUUGGCGAAGGGCUUAACCUUGACCUUGGUAUCAAUAUAAGGACCCUGUGUGACAAGGUCCGGAACCUUCUUGUCGAGCUUCUUUGUGAUCUUGACGAAGCCCUUGUGGUUAAUCUCACCAAACCAUUGCAAAUUUCUGAACUGGCUUCUCAGCUCAAGCAGAGCUCCCAUAACUUCCUCCACUUCAUCCUGAUCCAGGGUAGCGACUACAUCGACGGUUCGUCCAUAUCGGUUCUGGAGGAGGUUCAGACGGCGACAAAAUUCUGCGUAUUUCUUGUUGUAGAAAAAGUCGACAUCUUCGAGGUUUCGAUCAAGCGCGAAAAAGAAUUCUGCAUCGAGGGUUAGGGGAGAGGCUCAGUGUGCGACACCAAGAGUCGUCAAAGCCGCCCACCUGCAGGAUCCACCUUUUCUCCAUUCCUUGCUUUCUCUGCUGCUGCUUUUACAAGCUUCUUGAGGCCCUUGUAGUUGAUAUACGAGCCCGCCCACUCGGGGACCUGGUUGCGCGGUAGGCUAGAGAGAGCAGUGAGUCGGUUGUGUUAAGAAAAGCGCAUAUUGCAUGAGUACUCACUUUCUUCCGAAUUUCAUGCUGCGUAGAUCGCUAAUCGGAGUAACAAAGAAGAUAAGAAAAAUCGAUCGGGAAGUAACGCGACCGUAGCGCGGAAAGGUUGUGUUGGUGUAGAAGAGCUUGCUUUCACAGCACACCGCGUUUCGACAAUUUAUAGUUGUCCAACACAGGAAGCUUCUUGUCGCCAGGCGCAAUCACAGAAACCGUGUCAACAACCAAGCUUAUAACCGUUUUUUUUCUUUUCCCUUUUGUCUUUCCCGGUCAAAUGCAACACAAAUGCUUAUCCUCGCAGGCCAGUGACGUCAAAGUAAGUUGCGCGCGGUGCACAAUCAAGAGUAACCAGUGACUUGACCAAGAGGUGACAGAGCAAGUGACGUAUAACUCAUGGGAACCUCUUCGAGACACCAAGAGGGUAUGACAAAGAUGUAGAAAAAGAGGAAGAAGGAAAAAGAGAGGAAUGACGAAGC